AUGCUAAUGCAGGCCUAUAAAAGGAAGGGCAGCUCCAGCAGAGACAUCAGAGAUCACUGCUGCUUGGAGGUAAACUGCUCAGACAUGGCUCCCUGCUCCACCAACUACCACACAAGGAUUUCUGAGAGAGAUAACAUCAAAUUGAGGAAACCCAUUGUGGAGAAGAUGCGCAGAGACCGCAUCAACAGCUGCAUUGAGCAGCUCAAAGUCAUCCUGGAGAAGGAGUUCCACAAACAAGAGCCCAACUCCAAGCUGGAGAAAGCCGACAUCCUGGAGAUGACUGUCAGCUUCCUGAGGCAGCAGCUCCAGCCGGGCCUCAGUCCAUCCAGCGACUAUCACCGAGGCUUCUCCCACUGCUGGAAGGACUCCAUGCACUUCUUCUCCAACACAGAAGUCCACGUGGCUCCACUGCAGGGUCUCCAGCAGCAGCUCCAGAGCCACAGAGUGCCGUCCCCCAGCAUCAGACCCACCACACUUCAGGACAGCAGCAGUAGCAGAAGUCCAGUGUGGAGACCUUGGUAGAAGGAAGGACAGCGCUUUGACCUGAGGGGACUGGACGCUCCCUCACGAUGUAGGAAAUAUGAAUUUCCAGCCCGCUCAACAUGGUGGGAUUCCUUAUCAUCUCAUCAUAUUGAUGGACACAUUGUAAAAGCAAAGCCUACCACGUGAUGGUAGACUGCUCUGACUUGAAUGACAUGACAUUGUUUCUCUGUGUUUGAAGUGAUCCAAGAGAUGAUGCUUCUGUCAAAUUGUUGACUCCAGUGGAGUUUGCUUGUCGUAACCCUGUGACAUGAUUCUGUGUUAUACUGACAGCCCCUGUUGAGAAUAUUUCUCACCUGUAGCUUUGGCAAAAAUGUUGUGGAUGCUGAGGAUGUGUGAGAGGAUGUGCGUGUGACCCUGCGGAGGUUUAUAUUUUUACAUUUUUCUAUCCUAUG